AUGGUGGAGGAGGAAGCUAAGAGCUUACCUAUGGAGCUGAGCGAGAAGGGGGGGGUGGAGAACAACGGGUUUGUUCAAAAUGAGGCUUUUGAUGAUAAGGAGACCAGUGCCGGUAGCCAAGAAGAAACGCCAAAGCCGUGCGUUAUCGAUGCGGACCCAGCAGCUGCGGAGGAGCCGGCGUUGCAGCCCUACGCGGGGAUGCCGAAGGAAGUCUUGCUGAAGUUCUCCAGCCAAGCCCGGUACAGAGUCACCAGGGAGAUUCUCUUCUGGCUCAUAAUUGCCGCCGCAGUUGUGCUUGUGUGCUCUACGAUUGCGAUUAUUGCUCUCUCCCCCAAGUGCCUCGACUGGUGGCAGGCUGGUCCUGUUUAUCAGAUCUAUCCCCGCUCCUUCAAGGACAGUGACAUGGAUGGGAACGGGGAUCUGAAAGGUAUCCAAGAAAAACUGGACCAUAUCACGUAUUUGAACAUUAAAACCAUCUGGAUCACUUCUUUCUAUAAGUCCCCCUUAAAAGACCUUGGGUACGGAGCUGAAGACUUCUAUGAUAUUGAUCCCAUGUUUGGAUCAAUGAGUGAUUUUGAGAAUCUGCUUGCAGCCAUACAUGACAGAGGGCUGAAGGUGAUAAUGGAUUUAAUACCGAACCACACAAGUGACAAACACCGAUGGUUUCAGCUGAGUCGCAACCGGACAGGGAAGUACACGGACUACUACAUCUGGCAGGACUGCACGUGGGCCGCUGGUUCCGUCGCUCCUCCGAACAACUGGGUGAGUGUCUUUGGCAAUUCCAGCUGGCAGUUUGACGAUGUGAGAAAGCAAUGUUAUUUUCAUCAGUUUGGAAAAGAACAGCCAGACUUAAAUUUUCGCAGCCUUGCUGUCCAACACGAAAUCCAUGAUAUUAUCAAAUUUUGGCUCGGCAAAGGAAUCGACGGAUUUAGUUUCAGCGCUGUUAAAUUUCUUUUAGAAGCAACACAUCUCCGAGACGAGCCUCAAGUGAACACGUCCCAGAACCCA